AUGGGAGAAGAGGGACCACAUCUACCGGAAUGGGUGAUAAUUUUAUCUGGCUACUCAUCAGUCAUAUCAACAUUAAUUAUAUUUGUUUGUAUAUUCUUGCAUUUAAUAAAUUACAGAAAGCCGUUUGAGCAACGGUUGAUGAUACGAAUUCAAAUGAUAGUUCCAUUAUUUGCAGUUUCUUGUUUUAGUAUGUUGUUGGACCAAAAGUCAUACGUCAACAGGUAUUUACUAGAACCAACUCGAGAGGUGUAUGAAGCGUUUGUGAUCUACACAUUCUUUUCUUUGCUAACAGAUAUGCUUGGUGGAGAGCGAAAUAUCAUCAUCACAACCAGUGGAAGAGAACCCGUUUCACAUCCUGGUAUCUUGAGAUAUAUUCUUCCCGAUUUAGACAUUUCAGACCCCCACACAUUUCUUGGAAUAAAAAGAGGAAUCUUACAGUAUGUUUGGUUAAAACCUUUCAUAUGCUUUGGAACCAUUUUGGCUGAUGUGUUGGGGUUGUACGACUCGAACAAGAUGGGAGCCUCAUCCAUUUACUUAUGGCUUACUAUCAUAUAUAACUUCAGCGUGACUAUGUCACUUUAUUGUUUAGCAAUCUUCUGGAAGAUCUUAUGGAACGAUUUGAAGCCAUUCAAGCCCGUGAGUAAAUUCCUUUGUGUGAAGCUCAUUAUUUUUGCUUCGUACUGGCAGGGAAUUCUCUUGGCCAUAUUGAAUGCGUUAGGGGUUCUCCCUGGCUCAGCUGUUAAGCAGGAACCUAAUGUGAAUAUAGGAAUAUCUAUUCAGAAUGCAUUACUCUGCUUUGAACUAAUUGGUUUUGCCGUCGGGCAUUGGCAUGCAUUUUCUUAUCGCCCCUUUACGAUAUCUAACAUACCUUAUAGUCGUUUCAAAACUUACUAUGCUAUCAAAGAUGUAUUGGGAAUUAGAGAUUUGGUAUACGACUUCAGAGUAACAUACAACGGUGAUUACUAUAAAAAUUAUAAGAAGUUUGACUCAGUAGAGGCUAUGAUAACUCACCCAGAUUCGAAGGGAAGAAUGAGUAGAAUAAAACAAGGGCUCCGAUACCAUAGUGAUGGGAAACAAAAGCAUUGGUUACCUAAUCAAACUUCAGGUGCAUCUAAUGCCAGCAUAACAAGUACUUCAGAACUAAAUGCGGUGAAUAGCCAAUCACUUACUACUCAACCUACUACAGAAUACGCCAAAUCAAUUAACUCAAAUGGAACAUCGACUAGGGGUCUUUUCUCAUCAUCUCCUAAAUAUAUUGCAUCAUUUCCAGAGUCUCCUGUACCAUCUAUUGAUAUUGAUAACGAAGAAGCAUGCCCUUCUAUUACAGAUAUUUUAAAUACGGAUACCAUAAAUUACGAUAAGGAAAUGUUGGAUGAAGAUGAAAAAUACUACAAGAAAGCAUGCUCUGUCAUCAAUAAUUAUAAUUUGGAUCAAGUUGAGGUGAAAAGAUUAGUGAAUUAUCCUGUCGUUGACGAUAUAGUAGAUGGCCAUCAAUAUAAAGUUAGGCUAAGGGAACGCCAAAGAAGCAUAAACGAACCUGUAUUACGAAAUAGCGAUACCACUAGACAUUAUGGAAGUAUUGUAUAA